AGGGGCACCACGUUGGCCCAAAUUCCGUCAUCCAUGUCACACUGACUAGUUCCUAAAUAUAAUCUGAAAAUGACGACAGCCACACUCAUGAUAUCCACCAGCAAUAUCCGCCGUCCUUUAACCUUGCAACCAAACACUCCGUUAUCAUUCUCAAAACGACACCAAGUAUUCGCAUUCAAAUCCGAACCAUGUGAGUUCCGACACAGGAUUUGCACAAAAAAUGCUUUUAUUUGCUCAGCCUCUCGCCGCCGAAAUUCCACAAGCAGUGACGUGUCAGUUGCUGAACUGGAUCAUAAUGUACGGAAGGCUUUACAGUAUUCAUUGUGGACUGCUGAGGGAGUUUAUAUUAUCUGGCUUUUCUUACUUCCUUAUGCCCCUGGAGAUCCAGUUUGGGCUAUUAGUUCAGACACAAUCAAUUCACUAGUUGGCCUUUCUCUUAAUUUCUUCUUUGUUCUACCCCUAAUGAAUUCAGUUGGUUUUCAUUUACUUGAAGCUCCUGUGCUCCACCCUGUUUCUGAAGGAUUGUUCAAUUUUGUCAUCGGAUGGACAUUGAUGUUCGCUCCAUUGUUAUUCACCGAUCGCAAUAGAGACAGAUAUAAGGGAUCACUUGACGUCUUGUGGGGUUUUCAGAUGUUUCUUACAAAUACAUUCUUAAUACCUUACAUGGCUAUUCGAUUAAAUAAGCCAGACACCGAGCCCACUCCUAGAAAACCUUCCAAACUUGGCGUGGUUAUGGUUAAUGGUGCAGCAGUGGUUGGAGUUGUGGGUGGGGCUGCUUGUCUAAUAUCAAUAUUGUGGGCCGUAUUUGGAAGGUCAGAUGGGAAUUUCGGGGGUCUAGUAGAUAGAUGGGAGUUCUUGAUAAAUUACCUUGGAUCAGAAAGGCUUGCAUAUGCUUUCAUAUGGGAUAUAUGUCUUUACAUAGUUUUUCAGCCGUGGUUGAUUGGAGAAAAUCUUCAAAAUAUUGAGAAAACAAAGGUGAACUUAGUGAAGUAUCUAAGAUUCAUACCUGUUGUUGGGUUAGCAGCUUACCUUCUUUGUUUGGAUGUUGUCGAGGAGGCGUAAAUGGGUCCACUAUCAACAAGAUCAGCAUAAACAUCACUUAUUCUUACAAAGUUUGUGAUGCUGCGGAAGAAAAAUGAUAAAUGUGUCUAAAUUUCGCAUGUAUUUAUGCCUACAUCUAUAUCUAUAUCUAUAUGACUAUAUCUAUCUAUAUCUAUACUCCAUAUUAAAGCA